AUGCCUCGAAUACCGCGGGUGCGGGGGCUUUCGUCCCUGCAAACAGCCAUUGCGCCCUCGUGCGCCGCCAAUCGGGCCUCGCUGGCCGCCCGCGCCGCCCUCUCGACGUCGGCCCGCGUGCACGGCAAGAACACCGACUGGAUCCGCGGCAAGCUCUGGAAGGGCGAGGCCCCCGGGCCCGAGGACCCCUACACGCAGCGCAUGGAGCCCGAGGACGUCUCCAACCUGCCCGAGGAGGCCCGCGACCGACCGCCACACGCCGACCACCGCCCCGCGGCCGUCCAGAAGUCCCGCCUGGCGCUGCCCCCGCGCCGCACCGAGGCCGUCGCCGAGAAGGAGCUGCAGGCGCUGGACCCGACGUACGUCCCCGCGACGGAGCUCGACGGCCUCGACCAGAUCAAGCCGCUCGCGUCGUGGUGGCAGCAGCCCGGCCACUGGGGCCAGGAGAGCAGGUUCCGCGGCUUCGCUGCCGAGCGGGUCGAGGACAAGGCCCUCGUUGAGCUGUACAUGCGGAGGGCCGUUGUCGAGACCCUCGCUCUGCAGCAGGCCGGUCUGCUAAAUGAAUGGGCGGCCAAGACGUGGCCUGCUGGCAGGCGGGCCGGGCUCGACCAGACUCUGGCGGUGGAUAUUGUGGUUCAGGACGGCAAGGCCACGCUCAAGGGCGACCUGUCUGCCAUUACCAAACGGUUGACGGGCGAGGUCAAGGAGUGUCAGCUGGCCAAAUCCAUUUCCGCCGAGGAGGCUCAAGAGAUCGUCAAGGCGUGGGAUGCCUCUUGGAAAGAGGUCGCCCUCGACGACUACUACCUCAAGUUCGCCAUCCGCAAGCGCCUCUACCAACUCACCGGCCGCCUGAUCCCCGACUCGAAGCUCGGCGCCGCCCGCACGGCGCAGCACCUCAUGACGCUGACCGUCAACCCGGCCAAGCGCGGCAAGAAGCUGGCCGAGAUCCUCGCGACGCAGAGCGCCCUGCCGACGCUGUCCAACGUCACGGUGCACAGCCGCAAGGUCGGCCCCAUCGACAAGGAGGUGGCCGUCGGCCGCUGGAAGGUCAUCGAGGAGGAGCUUUCGAAGCGCGGCUUGCCCGCCACCGGCACCGCGGGGCUGGCGAAGAACAAGGAGCGGGAUUGGUUGACGGGCAAGGUGUAG